UUUUGAAGCCAAUAGCCCGUUUUAUCAUCUCUGAAGUUGAUAAGGAGCCUAGAUAAAUUUCUACUGUUUGGGAAGAACACCCAGUGUAACAGUGGCAGUGGCAAGGGGAUGGCAAGUCACCAACUCUGCUGAUUGUUGCCUUCGCUCGUUAACCCCCUUCAUUCCGACCGCGUGACCGUUCUUGCAACAUUGCCAUCCUCAGCACGCAGGGACGUGGCACGAUUCCCGAAAGAGGCUGUGUUACGCAAAGGGAAUGUCAGUGUGGAAGCGUCGUGGGCAUCGCGUUAAGUUUUGAAAAUGGCACUGACAGGUAACAGAAACCGAGGCACGUUAAACUCUAGGAAAUUCUUGCGUCCCGCCAUGAUGAAAUAGAUUUGACGCCUCUCCUUGUGACUGCACAGAUCUGAAUUCCCACCAGAAAAUAUUAUCUUUAUCAGCAUACUGGAUGGAGAAGUAUUUAUCAGCAUACUGGAUGGAGAAGUAACCCCUGCCAGAUAUAUAUAUCUCUUUUAGGAGUGCUUUUUUUUAUUGAGAUUGCUACGUCGCGAAUUAUCUCAUUUUGCGAUUGGCUGUGCAAAAAAAGGGGAUUCCUCUUCGUCGACAUGUUAAGCAAAUUGUUCAAGAGGAAGUCAGGAAGUUGGAGUCCCUCGGGGUUACCUCUGAAUCUGCAACAUCAACAGAGCCACGGGCGUACAGGAACUCAGGCCUGGGAUCGUUACCAUCCUGUACAGUCGGAGCAUGGUCACUUGAGAUUAGGUCCGAUGAAGGUUGUUGGGCAGCUGCACAAGGUUUUACUUGUGUUUGGUCGAGAGGAUAGCGUGAGCGAGGCUUGGUGGUUGGCAUGUAAGCGACAAGGACAUGAAGUAUCCUUAGCGAGGAACCUUGAGGACACUCUCAAGGCCUUCCUGGAUCACACUCAUGACCUCAUUAUCAUUGACGCGAGAUCUUCCAAGCACAUUAAUGCAGAGAACAUUUGCAAAUCAAUAAGAGCCUCUGAUCAUAGCCAGUUUGCCGUUAUCGUUGGUAUUGUUAAGAGAAGUUUUGCGGAUCGAGAGAAUGCAACCGUAGGACCAUGGCUGAAGAAUGGAUUUAAUAGGAUUGUAACAGAAGUGUCAACUGUUGGUGGAGUUCUCAAUGACCUCAUACAAAUUGAGCACUCUGAGCUGACCAACCAGUCACAACUUCGGGCAAUGCAAGCUGUCUUCACGGCACUAGAUGCAUGUAAAGAGGUGGUGCACAUCACAGAUACUCAACACAGAAUACAAUACAUCAACCGACCGUGUGAGACCCUGCUGGGGUAUGCAUUAGAUGAUGUAAUUGGAAGAAAUCUCUGGGAGCUCCACACUUCAGACAACCAUAAACAUGAAUUACGUACAAUCGACCAGAGACCCUCGGUUGACUUUAGAACAUCAGUGGAGCAUCAGAAGUCAUCAGUGGACCACAAAUCUAUAUCUGACCAUAGGCAAUCAAUUGAUCAUAGACCAAGCGAUUCAAGAGUAAAUCUUGACAUCUCAGAGGCAGUCAAUAUGCAGAUGAGGAGAGGUAGAGAAUGGGAGGGUCUUGUUACGUGUAGAAGGAAGUCUGGUGAUACAUUACACUUACCAUCCAAAGUUAUACCAGUUGCUCCUUAUGCUCGGAAAAAUGAAUUCUACGUAUACACGAGUGACACCCACGCGUUGGAUCGACUGGACUUUCCCUCUUCGGUGGAUCAGUUUCACCCUCGCGGCUCAAUUAAAUCCCUCAGGAAAGGAUCCUAUGAUAUACGCUCUCUCAACAGUGAUGGAACUCAAAACAUCAUCAGACGGCAUAGUCUAGUGAAGCUCCACUCCUUAACCAUUGAGGCCCCAAUCACGCGGGUCUUUAACAUCAUCACGGCGGCUCAGGAGAACUCCCCGGCGUACGUGGCGCAGGCGUUGGAGAAGGUCCUAGAGAUCCUGAGGUCCACGGAGUUGUAUUCUCCUCAGCUUAUUUCAGCUGCGCCAGACAACAAUAAGCCAGUGCCAGCAGAUCCUGUUGCUACAGACCUUUUAGGGGGAUUGUUGUCGCAAGGGCCAAAGCCACUUCUGUCAGGUCGUCGUAGUAGUAGUGAUACUGCAACUAAGUACAGUCAGCUACCUCGUCCAUCACUUCCCUUGUUACAACAGCAGGCUUCUGCAGGAAUGCGAGAGCUCUUAGCUGAAGAUAUGUCUUGGAACUUUGAUGUCAUCAAGCUGGAGAAAAUAACAGAUAAAAGACCACUUGUGUGGAUUGGAAUGAGCUUGAUGUGUCGAUUUGACAUCCCAAAUACACUUGGCUGUGAUGAACAGACGUUACAGAAUUGGCUAACAUUGAUUGAAGCCAAUUACCACCCAGAUAACACGUAUCAUAAUUCAACCCAUGCGGCCGAUGUUCUCCAGUGCACAGCUUACUUUUUAAAUCAGGACAGAAUAAAACAGCUUUUGGACCCUCUGGAUGUGGCCUCAUGCCUCAUAGCUGCUGUGGUUCAUGAUGUUGAUCAUCCUGGCAAAAACAGUGCAUUCUUGUGCAAUACAGAUAAUGAGCUUGCAAUCCUCUAUAAUGAUCUGAGUGUUCUUGAGUCACACCAUGCAGCGGUUUCCUUCAAGCACACACAUUCAGAUGACCGAGUCAAUAUAUUUAAAGCUCUGGACCGCGACACAUACAAGCACAUACGCAAGAGCAUCAUCGACAUGGUCCUGGCAACAGACAUGACAAAGCACUUCGAGCACCUGAGCAAGUUCGUCAACAUGGCCGGGAGCAGCAAGACCCCAGUUAAGGAUGAUGACACGUCUUCCCUCGAUGGAGCGAGAGAUUCUCCAGACUUGAUGUCCUUUGGAACACCAGAGAAUUUGGUCAUAAUUAAGCGCAUGAUGAUCAAAUGUGCCGAUGUGAACAACCCAGUGCGUCCAUUGCAUCUAGCCAUUGAUUGGGCGCACCGUAUAGCGAACGAGUAUUUUUCACAGACAGAAGAAGAGAAGAAGCGCAGUCUACCCAUUGUGAUGCCACAGUUUGACCGGACUACGUGUUCAAUCCCAAAAUCCCAGAUUGGCUUCAUUGACUUCUUUAUAACAGAUAUGUUUGACGCAUGGGAUGCGCUGGCGGAGAUACCUGAACUGAUGGGUCACUUGAGAAGAAAUUACCAGUUUUGGAAAGAGCAAGAGGAGGCCGCAAAGAACAUUUCCUCCCAGACCCCUCCUGCUCUGACAGCCAAUGAAGAGGAGAGUCAUGAGGAGGAGACCACGAAAGAAGAGACGGAGAAUACCGCAGAAGAAGACACAAGCACUCAGAAAGAGACGAGCUAGUGACACCUCAUCUAGGCAUGAUAAUUUGGUUAGGGUUCGGUUAUAAAGGUUCUUUAGACUACUUUGGAAGUUUGAACAGAGAUAUAUAUAUAUACUUUAAACAGAUGAUACUAUAUAGCUGUUUUCAUGAUGGGUUCGAGCAGAAUUAUGUUUGUGCUAUCUUAAAUUAUUGGUGGCAAAAUAGUAAAACUUCAGUUUAGUGCUAGUAUUUACAGUAAGAAUUUAAUUCUUUCAUGAAUUAGAUUUAGUAUCCAAUCACAUGGCUACUAUAUUCUUCCAAGUUUCCUAUUUUUAUAUUCCUAUAUUCUAUAUACCUAGGACUUACCCUUCUCAAGUCCAGUCAGAUUCUUGUUUGGAGUUUGAUGCAUAAUGUUUAUUAUAAAACACUGAUAAUGUAAAAGUUUUGAUAUCUGCCUUGCAGUGUUUAACCACAUUAUCAAGAGCAGUCACAAGAAAUUUAAUUGUUACUUUAUAUAUACGCACAGAGUAUACUUUACAUCAUUUCUGGUACUUUACAUCCUGCCGUAAUGUCUGUACUCUCAAUAUUUGAUCCUUCCUACUGUCAGAUUCAUAUAAUCUUACAUUCAUCUAAAAGAUCUAUUUGCAUUUCUAGAUGUUUUAAUGUAUUAUGAUUGAUGGCAUUUAAUAGGAUAUAAUGACUGACAGUAAAAAACUUUUUUUGUGAUCCUUGGAAAUGUGCACAAAGAGUUAACAAAAAACUCACCAUAUUGAAGUUUUUUUUAUGGUAUAUGUCAUGAUAUAUGUAGUAUGAUAUAUACAUAUAUAUGUGUUUGUGUGAGUGUAUGUGUGUGUGUU